AGAAGAGGUCGACCAUGGCGCAGGUGCCCAUACAGGGCGCACAUGGUGUGCAGGGUGGUGGGACAGGAGGUGAGAGCCUCUCGGGUGCCUCCGCCCUUGACGCCCUCGACGCCCUCCUGGCCCAGCCGCUCCCCACCGUGACCGAGGACGAUCUGUCGUCCCUGGCCCUGCCUCCACUCUCCGCCACUCCUGCUGCGCCUGCCUUGUUUGAUCCGCCCACCUCGCCCGCCAUGUCCAAAGAGCCCGUCAUCCCUGCAUUGUCUGCAUCGCCGGUGGCUGCAGCCGGAUCCGUCACAUCCGCCACCACGGCGUCAUCGCCCCUCAUAUCGUCCCUCUUUGCUGCACCGAUUGCUGAACCGUCUGGGCCCCGGGCCAUGGCUGCUGCACCCUCCAGCCCUCUUCUGACGGCUGCCGCUCCCGAUGCGGGCUUUGCUGUCCCGCUCGAGUGGCCAGCGUUCCAGACACAGCCCAAGGCCCAACCCCAGGCCGCGGUCUCCACUCUGGCGCCGCAACUGCCACCGGCACGGGUUCUGGUUGAGCUCAUCGGGCACGGCAAUGUGCUUGAUGUUGUGGUGCCCGACGUGCCGGACCACGUGGCGAUGCGCCCGUCGGCAAAGGGCGUUCGCUUUGCCCAAGUCAUCGAGUACUCGGACGGCGCUGUGGCCGACCUUCAGACCAAGGAGGACGAGCGACUGGCGCUCAAGCUCCAGCAGCAGCUCAACGGCCCGCCGAUGUCUGACCGCGAGGCCCGCCGUGCCCGUCGCAAGGAGAAGAAGCGUGCUCGCGCCGCCGCAGCCGCAGCCACCGGCGCAAUGCCUGCAGCGUCGGCUUCGCCAGCUCCGCCCGUUGCUGCUGCCGCUGAUCUCUCUUCGGCCUCGUUUGAAGAGCUGAGCAUCAUUCUUGACACCUCGGCUGACAUUGCCAUCCUCGAAGCCGCCGCCCGCGAACUGGCGCGUCGCUCCGACGCUGCUGCCACUGCUGCCGCUGCGGCACCUACGGCUGCAGCACCUGUUUCCGGCAUCCCUGUCGCCAUGCCCGCCGCCACUGGCGCCGCAUCGCAGCCCUCUCACGUCGCCCCAUCGCCGCCUACCCCAUCGACCACCUUGUCGCCAUCUGGUGUCCACCUCCCUGAGUUCUGGGAAGAGCGGACCGCGCCUGAUGGCCGCAUUUACUACCUCAAUCACAAGGAUCGCUCCACCCAUUGGAAGCCACCAUCCGCAUAA